AUGAGCCUCAAUCGGCAAGAUUCGGCACAGGGCGAAGACCUGGGAAGUGAUAGCGAUAAACUUCAUGAGUCUUCGCGACUACCAACUUUAGCGAGCGAAUAUGCAACAAAGCCUGUCGCAACAUCUUUUCUGCAAAGAACGAAAUACAACCUCUCCGAACCUGUUGUCGCAGCUUUCAUUGCUGGCGGUGUGGCCGGCGCAGUCUCGAGAACCAUUGUUUCACCCCUCGAGCGGUUGAAAAUCCUACUUCAAAUUCAGAGCGUUGGUAGGGAAGAAUAUAGAUUGUCGAUAUGGAAGGCACUGGUCAAGAUGCGAAAGGAAGAAGGAUGGAGAGGUUUCAUGCGCGGGAAUGGAACCAAUUGUAUCCGGAUCAUUCCAUACUCGGCAGUGCAAUUUGGGAGCUACAAUUUCUACAAAAAGUUUAUAGAGCCGACCCCUGGAGCUGACUUGACCCCUGUACGACGACUCUUCUGCGGAGCACUUGCCGGAAUCACCUCCGUCACAUUUACCUACCCACUUGAUAUUGUCCGUACCAGACUCUCAAUACAAUCUGCAUCCUUUGCGGAGUUGGGCCAGCGAGAAGCCGGAGAAAAAUUGCCUGGCAUGUUCGAAACUAUGGUCAUGAUGUACAAGACUGAAGGGGGUAUGCUUGCGCUUUAUCGCGGAAUCAUCCCGACGGUUGCCGGUGUGGCUCCAUAUGUUGGAUUGAAUUUCAUGGUGUACGAGUCCGUCCGUGUUUACCUCACACCUGAGGGAGAAAAGAAUCCUAGUCCAGCGCGGAAACUCCUCGCCGGAGCUAUCUCUGGUGCGGUUGCUCAGACAUGCACAUAUCCUUUUGAUGUCCUCCGUCGCAGAUUCCAAAUCAACACCAUGACUGGCAUGGGCUAUCAAUAUGCAUCCAUCUGGGACGCCGUGAAGGUCAUCGUGGCCCAAGAAGGUAUCCAGGGUCUUUACAAAGGUAUUGUCCCCAAUUUAUUGAAAGUCGCGCCAAGUAUGGCCAGCAGUUGGCUUAGCUUCGAGAUCACGCGCGAUCUCCUUGUCGGCAUGAGGGAAGAGUAA